AUGAUGCUCAACUGGAAGCUACUGGGGAUCCUGGUCCUUUGCCUGUAUGCUGGAGGCAUCUCAGGCAGCGGGGACUACCCCUCUCCCCCACUCACAGAGACCCGAGAGGAGGAGAGCUCCCCAACAUUGCCUCAGGGCCCCCCAGUCCCUGGUGACCCCUGGCCAGGGGCACCUCCUCUCUUUGAGGACCCUCCACCUCCAGGUCCCAAUCGUCCGUGGAGAGACCUGCCUGAAACUGGAGUCUGGCCCCCAGAGCCCCCUAGAACUGAUCCCCCUCAACCCCCCCGGCCUGAUGACCCCUGGCCAGCAGGACCCCAGCCCCCAGAAAACCCCUGGCCACCUGCCCCUGAGGUGGACCACGGACCUCAGGAGGAGCCAGACCUUGGCCCACCCCAGGAAUAGUACCAAUAAGGGGGAUCCCCCAGAGUCACUCCUGCUCCCAGGCAUCUCGGGCCUCCAGGCAGAGUGCACCCAAGCCCGUCUCCACUCUUCUGAUUCCCCUUAAAUUCUCCCCAAUUUAGACUAACUCUUUAAGUCCCUUCCUCAUUUGCUCAAUUUUAUAAUUUUAUUCUAAAGCAGGAAGGUGUCAUUUUCAGUAUUUUCUGUCCCCUCUUGAGAUCUGUAUUUAACUCCCAUGUUUCCCCCAUUUUUUCUGUGAGAGCCCAACAUACACUCCUACCUCAAGUCCAGGCCUCUCUCCCCACCUGCCUCCCACUUCUUCCCCCAAGUCUCCCAAGCUGGGGCAGGGCUGGUGGCACUGUGCUCCCUGCUGCCACCUGGUGGCUUACGCCCGGCAACUAUCAGUAGA